UGGACUGGAGCCCGGGACGCGGGCUUCCUCCGCGGUGAGCACCAAGGAAACCGUCUCCGGAAGCCGUCCUGCCCCCGCUCGGCUUGAGCGUCCGGUUGCCCGGGAGACGCCGGUGCAGUUCCGCUCUGGAGUUGCCACCGCUGGCUGAGCAGAGCGACCCCCUUCGGACUUGGGACUGCUCCGGGCAGCGCCACCUUCACCCGGUCUGCGCCGUAAGUGCCGUUCCAGCGGCGGGCACGGGUCCCUGCGUGGCGGGCCAGGUGUGAUAUCGUUCUGCAAGGUAAUCAACACAGUGAUCUAAGUCACUUCUACCAUCAUGGAAAAGUAUGAAAAGUUAGCUAAGAUUGGAGAAGGGUCUUAUGGGAUUGUAUUCAAAUGCAGAAACAAAACAUCCGGACAAAUGGUAGCUAUUAAAAAAUUUGUGGAAUCUGAAGAUGAUCCUGUUGUUAAAAAAAUAGCACUAAGAGAAAUACGCAUGUUGAAGCAAUUAAAGCACCCAAACCUUGUGAACCUCAUUGAGGUGUUCAGGAGAAAGAGGAAAAUGCAUUUAGUUUUCGAAUACUGUGAUCAUACACUCCUAAAUGAACUGGAAAGGAAUCCAAAUGGAGUUGCUGAUGGAGUGAUCCAGAGUGUAUUAUGGCAGACACUUCAAGCUCUUAAUUUCUGUCAUAAACAUAAUUGCAUUCACAGGGAUGUAAAACCUGAAAAUAUUCUAAUAACUAAGCAGGGAAUAAUCAAGAUCUGUGACUUCGGGUUUGCACGAAUUCUGAUUCCAGGAGAUGUCUACACUGAUUACGUCGCUACAAGAUGGUACCGGGCUCCUGAACUUCUUGUGGGAGACACGCAGUAUGGUUCUUCAGUCGACGUCUGGGCUACUGGCUGUGUUUUUGCAGAGCUCCUGACGGGGCACCCACUCUGGCCUGGAAAAUCAGAUGUGGAUCAACUUUAUCUGAUCAUCAGAACGCUGGGGAAACUAAUCCCAAGACAUCAAUCCAUCUUCAAAAGUAACCAGUUUUUUCAUGGUAUCAGUGUACCUGAACCAGAAGACAUGGAAACUCUUGAAGAAAAAUUCUCAGAGGCUCAUCCUAUGGCUUUGAAUUUUAUGAAGGAGUGUCUGAAGAUGAACCCAGAUGACCGACUCACCUGCGCCCAGCUCCUGGAGAGCCCUUACUUCGAUGCUUCCCGAGAGGACCAAGCCAAACGAAGAGCGCGUCACGAAGGAAGAAACAGAAGACGUCAGCAGAAUCAACUGUUGCCUCUCAUACCAGGAAGCUACAUCUCCCCCACACCCGAUGGAAGAAAACAAGUCCUCCAGUUAAGAUUUGAUCACCUUCCAAACAUUUAGGAAAAUGUUUGUUCAAGCGGAAAGUAAUUUAAUAUGUACACAUUUUUGCACAGGAGGGAUAGGAAUGCUCAGUGUUUCGAAUGCAAAUGUGCCGUACGAAAGUGAAGAUGCCUUCUAGAAUUGUUCCACUCUGACCAUUCCUGAUUCCUCUGCCUGUGCUUUUCACAUGCUGACUUUAUCUUUUAGAAUAUUUUCUUGAAAUGUUACAACUUCUGAAACUGCAUAUAUGGAGGAGAUAUUUCCAAUUUCAUCAGAGCGCCCACCCCUCUUGAGGCAAUUUAUAUUGAGAACUUGCGAGCUUACUCUGAUGUAUGAAAAAGAUGUGCAUGUAUCACCUUGCGUCAGCCGACCACACAGUGACUUAGAGCAGUAUGCAACAGCUCUCCUCGCUGUUGUUUGUGUGAGGAGUGACUGUGUGUUUCUGCAUUUUACUUCAUUCUCAUUGUAGUCAGGGCUGCUGAGUGACUCUGGGGUUUUAUUCCGUGUGUCUGUCUGGGUGUAGGAAGGGAGCCUUGACGUGUGGCCUAGGUUUGUUCCCUGAUUCCAGGGCAGAGUCUACCUUCUCUGACUCACGAGACACUGAUGGUUCUAUUUUUUAAAUUUAUUUAAUUAUUGUUCAAGUACAGUUUUCUGUUUUUUACUCCCAUCUCAGCUUAGCCCCCCCAGUGCUCCCUACCUCCCUCCCAUUUCCACCCCCCUUAGUUGUUGUCCAUGUGUCCUUUAUACUAGACGAUUCUAUUUUUAAGCUAGCUAGAGAAAAUUUCAGACAUUUACGUAGCAAAUCCUGGGUGAACUACAAGCAAUUUCCAUCCUUAUAACACCCUGGGAUAAUCAACCGCUGACUCCGAUGCUGUCCUUUGGCACAGCAUGGUUUCUUUUCCUCCCUCCUCCUGGGUAGAUCUCAGGACCUAAACCUGCCCAUCCGCAUGGAGUGUGUUCUAAAGAGUGUAUUAUCAACAGUCUGUUCCAAACACUGGCAUCCCCGAACAUCACAGCCUCUAUGAACCUGUGCAGCCCUAAACGUGUGCAUUGGGUUUGUAAACGUUUCUGAAAGCAGGAAAAUUAUCUUUCAGUUAACUUCAUUUUGUGUCUUUUAACAAAAAAGGGAGAAGCAAAUAAAACACCUCAAAAGGUGAGCCCAAUUUAGGUUG